AGCCUUGACGCGCGUCAUCCGCUGGCCGCCAUUUUUUGUUCGCCUGGCUGCGAAGUCGUUGGAAUUCUAUAAGAGCUACACCUACCUGCAGUACCAGAAGUUGAUCUAAGGUCCUCCCCAGCUGGGUUUCUCGGUUUCUGACUAUUGCCAGUUGACCGUGCUCGCGUGCGGACCGCGCGACUCAGCCGUCUCAGCCCGUACAGGCGCCAGCGACCGACGCAGCCAUGGCCGGCUCGGGCGCCAACAACGUGCGGCUGGCCAAGCUGAACCCGAUCCUGGGCAGCGGCCGCAAACCGACCGGCGGCUCUCUGCUCAAACCCAGCUACCUGACCGGUGAGCCCGAGCAGCCGCUAGCCAUCACCAGCGGCAGCAGCAACGGCGACCGCAGCAGCCGCGACCGGAGCCGGGACCGCAGCCGAGACCGCAGCAGGGACCGCAGCCGGGACCGCGACUCCGGCGGAGACCGCAAACGGAAGGACUACGGCUCGAGCGACUCCGGCUCCGGCGGCGGCGGCGGAGGGCGGAGAAAGCGCCGCUCGCGCUGGGGCGGCGACGAGAACGACAAGACGUUCAUCCCGGGCAUGCCGACCAUCCUGCCGACCAACCUCAACAAGAACCAGGAGGAGGCGUAUCUGAUACAGUUGCAGAUCGAGGACUUCAGUCGGCGGCUGCGCUCGGGCGACCUGGGCAUCCCGGCCGACCCGGCGCAGCGCUCUCCGUCGCCGGAGCCCAUAUACAGCAGUGACGGCAAGCGCAUGAACACGCGCGAGUUCCGGACCCGGCGCCGACUCGAGGACGAGCGGCACAAGCUGGUGCAGAAGAUGUACCAGCUGAAUGCCGACUACAAGCCGCCGCUCGACUACAAGCCACCGACCACGCUCGUCACGGAGAAGAUCGUCAUCCCGCAGGAGGAGCAUCCCGAGAUUAACCUGUUCGGUCUGCUGAUCGGGCCGCGUGGUAACACCCUGAAGGCGCUGGAGAAGGAGUCUGGUGCCAAGAUCAUCAUUCGUGGUAAGGGCUCGGUGAAGGAGGGCAAAGUGAGCCGCAAGGACGGCCACUCGAUGCCAGGGGAGGAUGAGCCUCUUCACGCCAUCAUCUCCUCCAUCAACCCGGCGUGCGUGAAGAAGGCCGUGGACCGUAUCAAGGAGAUCAUCCGCCAGGGCGUGGAGGUGCCGGAGGAUCAGAACGACCUGCGGAAGAACCAGCUGCGCGAGCUGGCCCUGCUGAACGGCACUCUCCGCGAGCAGGACACCCCGCGCUGCAGCAACUGCGGCGCCAACAACCACAAGUCGUGGCAGUGUCCCGACAAGCCCAACGUCACCAAUAACGUGAUCUGUAACAGCUGCGGCGGCGCUGGCCAUAUCGCCCGCGACUGCCGGCUGCGCCGCGGCGGCAGCAUGGGUCUGGGCGGCGCCGGAGGGCUCGGCGGUAUGGGUGCCGGGGAUGGUGGAGACCGGGCGAAAAUUGACGAGGAGUACAUGUCACUGAUGGCCGAGCUCGGCGAGGGCCCGCCACCGGUCAAGAAGGACGACUCGGCCGGCGGCGGCGGCGGCGGGUACGGCGGCGGCAACCUGUCGCGCUACAGCGGCCGGACAGCGUUCGAGCCGCGCGCCGCGCCGCGGCCCCUGAUGGAGCCGCUCACCGGCAGCAACUCGAGCCCGCUGGGCAGCGGCGGCAACAACCGCUGGGGCGCCGGCGGCGGCGGCGGCUCGGGGUCCAGCUCCGUGGUGCCGCCGCCCACCGGGCCCAUCCGCUCGCUGCUGUCGCAGACGCCGCUCACCCAGCCGCCGCUGUCGCAGCCGCCGCCAUCUCAGUCGCAGCCGGCGGGCGGCACCAACACGAGCCGGCAGCCGCCGGGCUGGGGCGGCGCUGCCAACACCCAGGCGCCGCCGCCGACCGGCCGCCAGGGCCCGCCGCCCGGCGGCCAGCCCAACUUCUCGGCGGCGCCGCCCGCGCCGUCCCAGUUCCAGGGACCGCCGCCGUCGGUGCCGCCGCCAAACAUGUACGGUACGCCGCCGUGGGGGCAGUUUGCCGCUCCGCCGCCGCCGCCUCCGCCCCCGCCGCCGCCGCAACAGCAGCCGCCUCGCUCGCAGUCUGACCUGAGCAUGCUGGCGCAGGCCGGCCUUCCGACGCUGCUGGCCGCGCCGCCGCCACCACCGCCCAGUUAG